AUGAUUUCUGUGUCUCGGGGGAGGGUCUGUCGGUCACACUCACAUUCUGAUGUCUCUAUAUCUGUGCAGGACUAUGGAGGGUCCCGGACGGUGGUGUCGCGCUGUGACCUGAUGGAGAAUCUUCUCAGUAAGGGCUGCAGAGCCGAGUCUAUUGAGGGCCCCAAAAGCAGAGUCACCGUAACGAAGAAACUUCCUCUCAGCAGCAAAGGCUCCGGCUCAUCCCAAUCCGACAUCAUCCAGGUCACCCCACAGAGCCUCUCCGUGUCCCUGCGACCCGGGAACUCAGCACAGGGAGAGAUAACUAAGUCAUUAGGCGUCUUCAGUGAUUUGUUGGUUCCUCUGGACUAAGCAAAGUCAGAAAUUGUCUCCCCGGCAACGCGGCUGGCGGAAGAGAUGGCGAAGCUCACCAGCAAUUUCCGGCUCGGGUUCGGCACUUUCGUGGACAAGAACGUCUCCCCGUUCUCCUACACGGCCCCCAAAUACCAGAACAACCCCUGCACCGGAUUCAAACCGUUCCCGAACUGCAUUCCGUCCUUCGGCUUCCGGCACGUCCUCUCGCUCACCGACAAAGUCAGCAAGUUCAACGCCAAAGUGCAGAACCAGCUCGUGUCCCGAAACCGCGACGCCCCCGAAGGAGCCUUCGAUGCCGUCCUGCAGGCCUCCGUGUGCAAAGAGAAGAUCGGCUGGAGAACGGAGGCGUCCCACCUGCUGGUCAUCACCACCGACGACGUGCCGCACAUCGCGCUGGACGGGAAACUGGCCGGACUGGUGCAGCCGCAUGAUGGGCAUUGUCACCUGAACACCAACAACGAGUACAGCGCCGCCGAUCAACUGGAUUACCCGUCUCUCGCUCUUCUGGGGGAGAAGCUGUCUGAGAACAACAUCCAUCUGAUAUUUGCCGUCACCCGAAAUCAUUAUCUGCUGUACAAGAAUUUCACGGCGCUGAUUCCGGGAACCACGGUGGAGAUUUUGGAUCAGAGUUCCCAGAACAUCCUCCAGCUGAUAGUAAAUGCUUAUAAUAGUAUUCGCUCCAAGGUGGAACUAACCGUCUCGGAGACCCCCGAGGACCUGGAGCUCAGCGUCACCGCCACGUGUCAGGAUGGAGCGUCCUAUCCGGGCGUGAAGAAAUGUGGAGAGCUGAUGAUUGGCGAUACGGUUUCCUUCGAGGUCUCGGCACAGGCGAGGAGCUGCCCUCCGCCGGGGUCGGCGCACACCUUCACCAUCAAGCCGGUGGGUUUCCGGGACGCGCUGGAGGUGACGGUGACCUAUAACUGCAGCUGCGGCUGUUCUCACCUGGAGGAGGCGAGCAGCGGGAAGUGCAGCGGUAACGGAACGUACACCUGCGGGGUCUGCAACUGCGACGGCGGCUUCCUGGGCGCCAGGUGCGAGUGCGGCGAGGACGACGACAGCAGCAGCUCGUCUCUGAAUACCUGCCGGGAGUCGGAGGGCCACACCGUCUGCAACGGGCGGGGGAGGUGCAUCUGCGGCCUGUGCUCGUGCUACGAGAGCGAAUUCGGGCGCAUCAGCGGCUCCUACUGUCAGUGUGACGACUUCUCAUGUGCCAGAUUCAAAGGGAUCCUCUGCUCAGGUCACGGCGAAUGUGACUGCGGCGAAUGUAAGUGUCACGCCGGCUACGUUGGCGACAACUGCAACUGCACUACGGAGACCAGCAGCUGCGUGUCCAGCGACGGGCAGAUGUGCAGCGGCAAAGGGAACUGCGUGUGCGGCCGCUGCCUGUGUGUGGAGCCGGGGGCGUUCGGGGAGACCUGCGACAAAUGCCCCACCUGCCCCGACGCCUGCGGGACAAAAAGGUAAAAUCUCCGACCCUGUGUCUUCUAUCUGACCUCCGUCCUCCCCUUCAGUCUUCUAUCUGACCUCCGACGUUGUAUGUACACGGUGGAACGUCGGUAAUUGAUUUCCUCUUCCUCCUCAGAGACUGACAAGCCGGAGGCCGUGCAAUGCGUCUAUAAGACGGACAACGAAUGUGUCAUGCGGUUCAUGUACUCGGAGGAGGCGAACGGCAAAUCCAUCCUGAGCGUCCUGAAGGAGCCGGAGUGCGCGGGGGCUCCGGACGCCCUGACCGUCCUCCUGGCGGUGGUGGGAAGUAUAUUGCUGAUCGGACUCGUCCUUCUGGCCGUCUGGAAGCUUCUCGUCACUGUUCACGAUCGGCGCGAGUUUGCGCGCUUUCAGAGCGAGCGCUCCAGAGCCAAGUAUGAAAUGGCGUCCAACCCGCUCUACCGGCAGCCGAUCUCCACCCAUAACAUGGACGAGGUGUACAGCAUGAUGGGAAAAUCCUACAACGGGACCUCGAACGGCUACAGCGGGGAGAGCGACAACUACUAAGAAAGUGUCCGAUGGGAGUUGUUGUUGUAUGGCGAGAGAA